AUGUUUACAAGGUUCUGGAUAUACGUCUUCGUCGGGAGUUUCCAUGCGGUGUACAUCGCCGCCAUUUGGCCUUCGAUGAAUUCUUCUAAAGUGCAAAUACUUGGCACAUUCUGUAGUAAGGUGGACACAACAGAACUAAUCCUACGAUCUCUUCAGUCUCGUGCCAUGUUCAUAUCAGCAAUCUUACUUUCUCAUCAAUAUAACAUAACGAUCGGCGGACAAUUCUUGGGCUGGCAAGUGAUGGACAGCGAAGAGAAUGUUGCAAAUACUCUGAGCAAAACAUGUUUACUAACAUCUUCGUCGAAUAUUAUCGGAAUUGUCGGACCAACGUUUUCCCGCGAGUCACAUUAUAUUGCUCCUUUCGCUGAAAAACUCGAUAUUCCCAUGAUAUCUCAUGCUGCUACUGAUCCUGAUCUGUCGGAUCGACAGAUAUAUCGAAGUUUCUAUCGCACGGUUCCUUCGGAUAAUGCAGCUGCCUUAGCGAUUACAAAAUUGUUUCUCAAAUACAAUUGGACUUCAUGCACAAUUAUCUAUCAGAACGACGCAUUCGGAUCCGGUGGAGCGAAGUCGAUAAGUGAAACAUUUGACAAGCAUGGUCUAAACGUCACUGGAAUGAUCAUCUUUGAUAUUGUCACUCGAACGAUCCGCGACGAUUUGAAAACUCUUCUAAACAGCAGAUCAGCGCGAAUUGUCAUCUUGUGGGUUGAGGAAAACUAUGCAGCUUUGGUUUUACAACAAGCGCUUGAUUGUGAUGUUCUAGGUCCACGCUUUACAUGGAUUCUGGGCUCCAAUAUCCCAUUGAAUAUUUUCAAUUCAUCAGUUUACGAUCGAUUAGCUGGAAUGUUUACGAUAGAACCGGUUGUAGGGAAUGUUAUCAAUGCUCCAUUUAAUGCGACAUUAUUACGCGAAGCGUAUGCCAUUUGGCAGCAAUACGAACCUGAAACGUUUCCCGGACCAGGUAAUGUAAAUUAUUACGCACUGUUUUCAUUCGACGCAACUUGGUCGCUGAUUCUGUCGUUGAGAGAACUUUGUCUAAAAAAUGCAUCAUGUACGUCAUUCUUGGAAACUCCUUUAUGCUUCCAUCGACGUUUCCUCAGUGCAGAUUUGUUGUUUGACAUCAUAGAUAACACUACUUUUCUUGGAGUAUCUGGCCCUGUAGGAUUCAAGGCUAAUCUAACCGAUCGGGUCAAUGGUAGCUACUACAUUGCGAAAAAUAUUCAAAGUUUUUCGAACGGUUUGAACUAUGUGCCGGUAUUGGUUUGGUCGGAGACGAAUAAUUGGGUCUCGCAUACAGAAUUAAACACAAUAAUAUGGCCAGGAAGGUCGCUGGUUGCUCCUAUAGGUUAUGCGCUUGCGACCAAUGCAACUCUGCGAAUUGCUGUCAUUGAAAUACCUCCUUUGACAAUUAUUGAAGAAACAAAAGAUGAACACGGAGGAAAGAAGACUAAAUUAAGUGGCUAUGCACCCGAUCUUAUUGACCAUUUGCAGAAACGAAUGAAAUUUAAAUCGAAUACUACUGUGCUAUCGUCCAAUCGAACUUACGAUGAGCUGAUAGAAGCGGUGGCGAAUAAUACGUAUGAUAUGAUCGUGGGUGAUGUUACCAUUCUCGCAACACGACAGAAGAGAAUCGCGUUUUCGAGUUCAAUAUACGAUGGCUCGUUACGUGUCAUUAUCAGAAACUCAUCGAGUAGUUAUUUACAUUCUUCUUCAAAUACGUCAGUACUCACGUGGGCACAAAUAACAUUAUGCUACGUUGGACUAUUGAUAUUGACUACUGUGCUAUUGAACGUUUUUGAGGGAAAAGGCUGGAUUUUCCUAUACGUUGAUUCUCCAUUGAAAAUCAAUAUCCGUUACGAACCUAUUGCGAGAUCUGUUGGUUGCUUACUCACUUGUUUCCUUCAAAUGUUAAGUAUUAUUUCGUUUGCAUGCUUCGCUGCCAGAUUAAUAGUUGAGUUGACCGCUCCAAAAUCUGAAGUUCUGAUUUCUGGCAUAGAUGACAUCAAAAAGGGUAAAAUUUCAUCGAAUCGCGUGGGUAUUAUUGCCAAUUCAUCGAUCGAAGACUACUAUUUACGAGAAAUUUCCGGAGGAAAUCAUAAUUUUUAUCCACUGCAAUCAAAGGACGAUAUGUAUAACAAGUUAUUGAACAAUACAAUCGAUGCGGCUAUUAUGGAUUCGGGAGUUUUAGAAUACUCAACAAACACGCUCUAUCGUAAUCUGACACUCGCUGGGCCAGCUUUUGAUCACAGUGCAUUUGGUAUUGUUUAUCCAAAAGGAUGGCUAUACGAACAAGAUCUAAGUGUCACUCUAGCAUCUUUGAAGAAAUCAGAUAUAAUUGAUGGAUUGAAAAACAAAUGGUUUGUAACAAAUUAUCCAUCAAAUUCGUAUGACAGAAAUGCAAAAUUAUGGAUUAACUCUGUAAUCAUAACAAUACUCAUGGCUGGACCUACCAUGAUUUUUUCGUCGCUUAUAUUUUUCGUGUUGCUAUCUGAAUCAAACAAACGACAAUGUUAUUCACUAAAUAAUAGAAGAAGUACGUAUAAUCAUAUGAGGAUAAGUCAUAACUUUACACUGCCAGCGUCUUCUUUUGAUAGUCGCCCAUUGCUUCUCUUUCUUGUCUUAAUUGAUGACAUAUUUUCAGGUACUAUAAACGCUCCAACAACGAAUAACAUUCAAUACAACACGUAUUCAAGUAUGGAAUCAACUUCGGACACCUCAGAAAUACCGCAACUACUACAAUCUAUCGAAAGCUACACUGUCGAAGCAUCGACCAAUGAUUAUAUGGAACACGGCAUAUCAUCAUUUUCGCCGACAGAACACAUUCAGGUGCUGAAAGAUGAGUGUCAUACCAAUAGAAUCUCAGUUCAUUCAGUAUGCUCUUACUGCGCCGAUCUUACUGGUCUUACACUUGUCAAUGACGCACAACCUAUCACCGACUCAAUUACAAGUGAAGAAACUAUCAAGUUAAAACGAAAUAUAGAUAUAUCCGUUAUCUGUCGAGAUGUAAGUUUCUCAUCUAAACAACCGAUCAAACAUGCGUAUAUUGACAUCGAACUGCUUACCGACGACCUGGAAUGUACUUCGCGAUUACUAUCAAUCAACAAAAAUACCGAAGAAAAGAAACUGAUCUAUUUUGUUGUAUCUGCUAGUAGGGGAAGAAUCAUUCUGCCAUUAGUUCAUUCCUGUGUGAAUAUCGAACGUAUUUAUAUACAUGACGCUCAAAACGUCAGUCGAAAUUCGCUUUGGAUGGACAGUUACAGUAAAAUUGUCGGUUCUUGGUCGUCUAUAGAUGAAAUUCAACAACAGUUAGAACAAGAUAUAGAGCAUCUUAUGACCAAAUGCUCGCGAUGGACAAGAUCGCCGAACUUGCUAAGCAACUUAAGGUCGCAAACUCUAUCCUAUCACAGUACGUCAUUUCUGGUCGGUCAAGAUGAAAAAUGUUAUAACAUCCCCAACAUUGUUACGCUAUACUGUAACAGUCACGAUCACGAAAAAUUCCAUUUUUCCCAUGAGAACGCACAAUUUCCCGUAUUUAACAAUGUUCAACAAUGUUUCGAAUUUGUUGAUGGAUAUAAUAUAUCGUCAGUUUCCUUAGUUAUAUGUAUUGACUGUACUACGGAUUUAACGCAUCUCCUACAACUGAUCAAUCAUCAGUCGAUACAUGCUACAUACAUCUUUGCUUGUGGGCAAUGGCGAGACAUGCAGAACAUUGGCUCAUUGUAUGAAAGCUCGAAAGUAAGUGGAGUAUUUGUUUCACAUAAGGAGCUUCUCGCACAACUUACGAAUGAUAUCUGUUUCUAUCGUCAAACUCUUGCCGAUACUGUGAAAAUGGAUACACUUCGAGCUGAUUCAGAAGUUCUCGCGCAUCUGAUUCCAAGUGACAAAGAAUUUAUUCGUUCUCAGCUGGUCCUUGAUAUAUUAUCCAGUUUAUUACCUUCGACAAAUACAAAUCCAACGGUGCCUGAAUUUAUUAACACCGAACUCACUCAAAGAAUCAACUAUUUUCACAAGUUGAAAUCUGAGCUAUCAUACACUUCCAACGCCUUUGAAUCUUUGUCAUCAAAUCAAAUACGUUCGUCGAUUACAGUUUAUGUUGCUCAACUCACAUCUAAAAGGAAUAUGGAUAUGAUUCGUAAAAAUUAUAAUUGCUUUCUACAAUUUUACGCUUAUCUUACAGCAUCAAGAUCUUAUUCAUCUGCAGUCCAACUAUGUCGCAGAGCAGUUGACAACGGCCUCGUUGCGGUCCUAUGGGAAAUACAGCUAACUAAAGGAACAACAGUCACGCAAAGUCUAUCACAUCCAGAUGUUUUUAUUUUUCCUCUCGGCACUAUAUUCCGAUUGAAUUCAAUUAAGCAAACAUGUGAUCUUAUCUGGCACAUCAAAAUCGAAUAUAAUAAUCACAAUAUAAAACCUUUCAAAGAUCAACUUUAUUUCGAGACUCGUAAACAUCUGGACAUUUCAACGAUCGAGGACUACUGGAAGGUGCUCGAUGAACUCAAAACUAAUGAGUAA